AUGUCAACACGCUCAAUCUACCAAAACAAUGGUAAGCCGUUGUCUCAACAGGCCAUAUAUCAACAAAAGUUGAGACAGGGGGUUUACAACUCUCCGGGCUCUCCGUCCGUAGGUGUCAAUUCCAACGCCUCCGAUACCGCGGCCCUUUUGGCAGCUUCUGCUGACUUAACAGUCAAGCCAAGUUACGAGAGAGUUGUUGCCGUCGAAGCACACAAUGCUGCCGCUGCCGCCAGAAAUGGGACCACUUCAACCUUCUCAUCCAUUUCUUCCUCAGCUGUGGCUGCUGCCGCUGCUUUAGGUAAGCAGGGUGGUACCGGUAUCCCAGAAUACAGUGGAUCUUCUGUGUUCGACAAGGCUACCUCAAACUCCACAUACUCUCUUUCCACCAGAACUGACCCGGAAAGGGACUACCGUUCUGGAUUGGCUACCAAAUCUUCACAAGCUGCUUUAAAUAUUGGAAAGAUUAGCAGCGUUGCCAACAAAAACAGUUCUAAAUCUUUAAACUCCAGAUUCAACCCAGAAUUGGAUUUCCGUUCAGGUUUACAGUCUAGUUCCUCUAAUGCCGAGUAUUUAGACGAUGACGAAGAAAAAUUGGCUGCUCAAGGAGCAAUUGCUUCAUUAAAGUUUGGUGGUUCCACUAGUAACACUGCUUCCAGCUCAAUUCGUAGUAAGUCUUUCACCGCCAACCAAGUUGUCAACAAGACUUUAUUAGAUGCUGCCAAUAAGGCCGCUGAAAAGAGAUUAUCUGCAUUAAAUUCAUCACAGCCAUUAGAUUUCAAGCAACAAGCACAGCUUUACGCCAAUGCUUUAACCUUAGCACAAGAAAGAUCUAAUGAAAGGAUUGCCAACCACAAGGUUGGUGUUAUCGAUUUAGGUGGAGGAUUAACCAUCUUACAAUCUGAGUUGGAAAAGAUGGCUGCCUUAGUAGUUCAACCUGUCUUGGAUGAUAUUAAAACUAAGGCUGAUAAGCAAAGAGAAAUUGAUGAUGCUUCUAACAGAAAGCAACAAGAAAGGGUUGCUGACCAUGAAAAAUACAAGAAGGAGGAAUUCAAUAAAAAAUUGCAAGAAAAGAUUGAUUUGGAGAGAGCCAAGAAAGAAAGACUUGACUUGCACGAUGAAAGAAAGGUUGCUGAAGUCGAUAAGUACACUGAAUAUCAAACUGGUGUAAAUGAAGAAGUGGAUGCCAAAGUUAAGGAAUUGAGAGAGUUAGAACUCAAGUAUGAAGAGGAGAAGGCUGAAUUGUUAGCCGAAAAGCAAGCUGAAUUGGAUCGUAUUGAAGGUGAAGAAGCUGAAUUAAUAAAUGGUAGAAAGGAAGAAUUAAUGAACAUGCAAGCAGAGAAGGACGAAAUCUUGAAGCCUACUUUAGAUGAGUUGAAGAUAGAGAACGAGAAAUUAAGCGAAGUGACCAACGCUAGGGAUGAAUUGUUGAAUGAAGUCAAGGCCAGCGAAACCACCAAUGAAGAAUACACUAAUAAAUUGAAAGAAUUGGAAGAAAAGCUAGCUGCUGCAGAGGCUGAAUUCGAAGAGUACACCACCAAGGUUGAAGAAUCUACCAAAAAGGACGAAGAAACUUCCAAAGUAUUAGCUGACUUACAAUCUUCAAGUGCUAAAGAACUUGAAGAUGCUGAUAAUGAAGAUAAAGAUUUAGAUUCUAAACUUGCGGCUUUAGAAAAGGAAAAGGAAGAAAACUUGAAUUCUAAGGCUGAAAAUAAGACUGCUAUCUUGGCCCAUUUAGAUGAGAAGGUUGCCCACGAACAUAAAAUCAACGAAGAAUUACCAGAGCAUUUAAGAACAGAAAUCGAUGAAAAGAAGUUAAAGGAUACCUCAUCACUUUUCAGUAAGGAAGACUUACCUGAACCUAAGAUAGAUGAAGUUUCCACGCCUAAGGAAGUUGAAAAGCCAGCUACAUCCUCACCUACUGCUAAGGCUGCUGCAGCUGCAGCUGCCGUUUCUAAGAGUUCUUCUUCAAAGUCUUCUGGUUUGAAGAAGUUUGCCAAGAAGUACUUCUCGAGUAAGCCAGAUCCAGACAGAUAUAAGUCAAAUGUCAAGACUGCUCCAAAGGCUGCUGCUGUGUCAACCCCUGCUACUCCUGCUAAAGCAAAGGAACCUGUAGCAAAGAGUCCAGCUAAGAGCGAAUCUAGAGACGAUGAAAUUGAAACCAUAGGUGAUGAGUCAUUGACUAAGAACAGUGCUCCAGGCGGAUUAUUUAAAGAGGAGAUUUGA